AUGCAGUCCGUAGCCGAAACUUCAGCUGCUGUGGCCUCUUCUGACACACGGCGAAAAAUUAUUAUUGAUACUGACACAGCUACCGAUGAUGCACUUGCCAUUUUGCUAGCACUAUUCGCUCCUAACAUAAAAGUUGAGGCUAUUACAAUAACAGUUGGAAAUGUCGAUUUUGAGCAGCAAGCAAAAAACGCACUCUAUACAUUGGAAAUAGCAGGUAAAGGUAAUGGUAAAAUUCCGGUUUAUCGAGGUUGUUCAAGACCGUUGAUGCGACAAACCCAUGGUACAGCGACCUAUAUACACGGUAAUGAUGGAAUGAGUGACUCAUUUUUUCCGGAUCCAAAGCAGAAGCCAGAAGCGGAGCACGCUGUAGAUGCUAUUAUUAGAUUAGUCGAAAAAUAUCCUGGUGAAAUAACUUUGGUUGCAAUUGGACCUCUUACUAAUAUCGCUUUAACAUUAUUACGUAAGCCUUCUAUUGCCAGUCAGAUAAAUUCUAUUUAUUUCAUGGGAGGUUGUUAUAAAUUUUAUGGUAAUGUUACACCAGUAGCAACAUAUAAUCCAUGGGUUGAUCCGGAGGCGGCAAGAAUCGUUUUUCAAUCAGGUAUUCCUAUUACAACUGCUGGAUUUGAUAUCAGCUGUUACAGUUCUAUAUUUACGGAUGCUGACUAUGAAGAAGUACAAAAGCUAGGAACAAAACUUGCUGACUUUUUUCUAAAGAUUAAUCGUAUACGAAGAGUAUUUUGUAAAGAACGUCAGAAAAUGAAUGGUUCCAAUCAUCCUGAUGCACUUACAAUGGCAAUUUUAAUUGAUCCAAGCAUUGGACAACAAAUGCUAUCACGGUAUGUUGAAGUAGAAACACAAGGCGAAUUGACUCGUGGUGUACUGGUUAUUGAUGAACUGGGAGUUAUGAGAAAAGCACCUAAUGCCACAAUUUGUGCACAAGCAGAUGAAAAGCUGUUUAAAGAAAUGGUUUUUAAUACAUUAAAGAUCAUAUAA